UGAUAUUAAGUUUGUUAGUGUGUUGUCAACUUCGAAUCCAGCAAGGCAAUGUGUUGUGAGUCGUUUUCUUGAUAGAGCAUAAAGUCAGUUGCGAAUUCUGAUUCCGUUUACAGUUUCCGUCAAAUCUCAUGGCGAGCCUCUGGCGCGCGGCAACCGGUUUAACGGAAAACCAAAACGACUACGACGGCGUUGAAUUCUGGUCGAACCCCGAACGAACCGGUUGGUUAAUGAAGCAAGGCGAAUAUAUCAAAACAUGGCGGCGACGUUGGUUCGUACUCAAACAAGGGAAACUCUUCUGGUUCAAAGAAUCAACUAUUAAUCGCGUUUCUAAGCCACGUGGCGUUAUCCCCGUCGCUACUUGUCUCACCGUUAAAGGCGCCGAAGAUGUUCUCCAUAAACCUUACGCGUUUGAACUUUCCACACGCGCCGAUACGAUGUACUUCAUUGCUGAUUCCGAUAAGGAGAAGGAGGAUUGGAUUAACUCAAUUGGCCGUUCUAUUGUUCAGCAUUCUAGAUCUGUUACUGAUUCUGAGAUCGUUGAUUAUGAUAACGCUAAACGGUGAUUGAUUUCCGUUCACGCGCUAUGUUGUUUUGUGAGAUUCACGCGCCUUGUUUAGGUAUUUUUUUUUUCUUCUUUUUGUGGUUGUGUAUAUUGUUAUAUUAGAUUUAGAUUGUGUUUGUUCUUGUGAAGAAACUCUGUUUAUGUACUUGAAUUGUUACUAUAUAGUUUGAAUUCUCAAAUUGUAAACUCUUGCUUUUGUGUUUUGAUUUUAUUUUAGGGUUUAUUAAACUUGAA